AUGGAGAUUUUCGAAAAAGAUGAGGGCAGUAUCGAGCCGACAAUUGCCGAGUACUACAAGGGGAAGUCUAUCUUCAUCACUGGUGGCACAGGCUUUUUAGGAAAGUUGCUCAUAGAAAAGCUUCUUUAUUCUUGUCCAGAUUUGAAACAAAUCUUCGUUUUUGUGCGAGAUAAAAAAGGAGUGCCUCCUGAAAAAAGAAUUGCAGCACUGUAUAAAAGUAGUUGCUUCGAUCGCCUUAGAAAUGAAAGGAGCGGAUUAUUUCAGUCUAAAGUGACUGUCGUGCCUGGGAAUAUGAUCGAAAAUAACUUAGGACUGAAUGAAACCAAUCGGGCUUUAGUGACAGAAAAUACUAAUAUCAUUAUUCAUAGCGCUGCUACAGUGAGAUUUGACGAAUCUUUGAAAGAAUCAUUCGAUAUCAAUGUGUUGGGUGCAUUAAGGCUGAUCGAGCUAGCUCAAGAUGUACACAAUUUGGAGAGCUACAUUCACAUCUCCACGGCUUUUUGUAACCUGGAUUACGAGGAGCAGAUCAAAGAAAAAAUUUAUCCACCGGCGGCAGAUUGGAGGAAGAUAAGGGACAUGGUUGACAACGUGGAUUCGGAGGCUCUGCGGAUUUUAACACCAAAGUUACUAGGAAAAUUUCCCAACUCCUAUGUCUUCACGAAGAAUAUGGCUGAGCACGUUGUUUAUGAAUACAGAGGAAAACUACCAGUUGUUAUAGUACGACCGUCAAUAGUUUCAGGAUGCUUGACGGAGCCCUCUCCGGGAUGGAUAGACAACUUUAACGGCCCCGCAGGACUGUUCACUGCCGCCGCACAAGGUGUACUUCGAGCUGUAUUUGCUGAUCAAGAUGCAAAAUCGGACUACGUCCCAGCCGAUGUAGUCGUGAAAGGAACUCUGGUAGCUGCAUGGGUGAGGGGUAUCAAAAAAUUAGAAAAGACAGAUGACGUCAUAGUAUACAACGCGUGUGCAGGGAAAGAACUAAGCAUGUCGCUGGCUGAAGUUUACGCUGUCGGGAAGCAAGCCACACCGAUUGUAGCUCUAGAGCAAACAUUGCGUCCUACCCACGUGACGUAUUUCAAGAAUAAGCUGAUUUUCUAUUUUUAUAUAUUAAUAUCUCACUUGCUCCCAGCUAUUGCGGUAGAUCUAGUUUUUCGAGCGCUCGGCAAAAAGCCUAAAUUAAUAAAAGUACAACGUCGCAGUCUAAUGGCCAAUAUAGCCCUGGAAUAUUUCAUGGUGCGCCCGUGGCAUUUCAUCGGAAGCAAUUCUUCUUCUCGUCAAAGGGAGUCCAGUCGCUGGAAAAUAUGGUGA